CCGUUUCCAGGUGGUGCUAGCUACCAAUCACGCCUCAACACCCACGCUUGCUCGUGUGUUAGAUCUCUCUCGGGACGAAUUAUUUUCGCUCACCUUAUCGUAGGCUUACCCGCCGUCGCUGCCGCCGUCGCCGCCGCCGUCACAGGAAUUCCCUACCAUGGAGGGUGUGGGCGCGCGGCUAGGUCGCUCCUCAGCCCGUUACGGCCCCGCGACGACGUUCACUGGGCCCGUCAGGAAGUGGCGUAAGGAGUGGGUCCCCAUCGCCGCCGCCACGGGCUCGGCCACCUCCACCGCUGCCUCCUCCACCGGGGCCGGAUCCCGCGGAAAUAACCUCGUUCUGUUCAAGUGGACCCCCCUGAACGGCGCCAACGGAAGAGGUGGAGGAGAUGAGGAGCUGACGGCGCCGGCGGAGAUGGCCACGAGAAGGCGGCGUUACGUGCCGGUUUCUGUAGCCGAAGAUCAAAGACAAGAAUCUGCCAAAUCUGAUGAUGAGAACAAGGCUAAUGAUGGAGAACCUUCAUCUACCGAAACGGAGCAAUCUAAUGGAAAAACUAAUAUUGAUGAUACAUUUAUGGAUGAAUCUCAGGCAUCAGAUGAGGUUCGAGAUUCUGGUGAUAAUGUUGGUGGUACCGACCUCAAUCUGAACUUCGGUCCUAAAGACCCCAAUGGUGACAGCGAAUGUGUUACAGAGUACCUGGCGAAACUCCCCUUACUACUGUACGUGCAGUCCCUAAUGCGCGUGUGCUAUGUGAGCCUAGAGUAUGUAUCUUCCAUAUACGUUGUGAUGCGGGGUGGCAUUCGGACACCUCCACACCAAGACCAAUAAGUCCCCCAAGUGGACCAAUAACGCGAGCUCGAGUUAAAGUGCUACAUGAUGAGGUGAACUCGUUCCUCACCAUCCUUGAUCUCGGUACCCCUUUGGAUGGAAUGCUACCUCAUGCCGAUGUGCUUUGUGUCAUUAGGUACAAGGUGCAUCAAGACCCGGGAGAGGAGGACACACCAUGGUCAAGGGAAGGAGAGGAGCAGCGGGACAUGAUGAUGGGCACGAAGCUGGACCCGACGUCAAAUCGAAGCGCUCAAAGGAAGAGAAGAAGUUGGCCGGCCCAGGACCCGGUCGACCGGCCCCACGACCGGACCACCCGGUCCCAGGCCCGGUCUGACCGGCCCCAGGACCGGAUUCGACGGGAAUGCCACACCAAACUGCCUAAGUUAUCCACUUAUGUACCUUUUCGCCUUGCUGGUCAUGUAGGCCUAUAUAAGCAACCUGGACCCCUCCUUUACCCCUUAGACUUGAAUUGAGCUUAAACACUACUUUAAGCUUUGUCUCCCUAGGGUUAGCAUCCCUUUGUAAUCAAGGCAUCCUUGUUGUUGAUUUGGA